AUGGCCGACCUGGGCAGCGAGGACCAGAGCACGCGCUGGACCAACUUCAACCCCAGCUUCCUGGGCAUUCUGAUCGGCUGUGGUGUACUCGCCAUCUUCUUCCUCAAUUACUUUAACAGAGUAUUUGCGUCCUUCGUCUCGUAUCUGAUCCGACUCUACGUAUGGAACAAGCACAAGAUCUAUGUCGACAUCCAGGCUCUCCAGGUCUCCUUGCUGGCCGGCCGAAUCUUCUUCACUGGCUUUCGAUAUCACGGGAACAACGAGACCAUCUUGAUACAGAAUGGACACGUCACUUGGUCGUACUGGCUAUGGAGGGUUCGGGAUGUCGACCUUGGCUUCUCGAAGCCCAGCAAGCUCAGCAAGGAGGGGGAUUCGGAGAACACGUCUGACAAGAAGGACAAGGCCGCCAGGUUGCCAUGUCGGAUCAACAUUGCUGUCUCGGGUCUCGAGUGGUUUGUUUACAACCGCAGUCCUGUCUAUGACUCCAUUCUGGCCGGAAUGGCCGAUCCGGUCACGUUAGAUGAGAAAACCACCGAGAAGGCCGACCACGACCAACAGCCACGGCAUCGGUUGCAGAAGGCCUCGCAAAAGGUCGAGGAGCAGCUCAACAAACUGGAUUCCAAGGUUUCGGCCGAUAAACGAAGCUCCGAGACGUCCAAUGAGGAGAAACACUCUGCGGACGGGUAUGGACUCAGGUCCUCGCCAACAUCGCUGACAGAUGGUGAUGGGGAUACCUCUGCGGUCAACCAAGAGAUGCCCCUGAUGCUGCAACUUCUGCCCAUCCACUUUGAGUGCCAGAAAGCCGCUGUGGUCAUGGGAAACGAGAACACCAAGGCCGUACUGGUUAUCAAGUCCACCUCCCUAGACGGAGAGAUUGAUGCUUCGGGCUGUGAAACUGUUGACCCGUACAGACAAAUCUUCAAGAUCCGGUUUGAGCACCCAAUCCUCGAGAUGAAAGAGAAUAGCGAUUACAAGGAGGACCAGCUUGCUAGAGCGGCCAGGGAUAAGCAGACUGUCCUAAGUUCUGGACCCUUUGCCCCUCGGCAUUUUUUCAGGCGCCAUCGCCGAAAGGUGCUUGGUAGGUUACGUGACAUGGUGCCCUACUGGAGGCGAUCUGUCGAGUCCUUCUCGGUGCAUUCGAGAAAUGAACCAAUGCCAGCUGAUAGCCAGAUACCUGGCUCGAACCAUUGGCAGGGGCUUUCUCGCUACCUGAAUGAUGAUGACGAGGACGACAAGCUGCGUUGGUCUGCCGUUGAGUACGCUGCCAUCAAUACGAUCCUGGACAGCCCAGAAGCGGUUUUGACAAUAUUUUGGGAUGUGCCAGGCAAGGUGGCGAGGAGCCACUUCGAGUCAGAUAAUCCAUCCCAACCCAACAACAUCAAUGGCACAACGCCGCCAGCCUGGGCGAUCAACCUAGCCGUGAGUGGUGGCAUCAUUAACUAUGGUCCAUGGGCAGAUAGACAUCGAGCUGAGCUGCAAAGAAUAUUCAACCCGACCUUGAGUAAAGAUGCGGUCCCGGCAAAACCGCUUCAGCCUGGUCUUGAUCGGGUUCCGACGAAGUUCAAAUUUUUCUUGGAAAUUGACAAGGAGGUUACACUGAGAAUCCCUACCAGAGAGGACUCGAAAAACUGGCGAUGGAAGAAGGAGGUUACUGAAUUACGACAACACGAAAAGCACGAACGACGGAGAGGGAAAAGGGCCAACCAGGAAAAUCCUCCUAGCACAGCCGCCCAACAGCGACCUUUUGGGUGGCUUGAUAUCAAAGUCGGCCCAAAUGCUACAGUGUCCUACUCCAUGGAUAUGCAAGCAGGGCUCUCGGGAUAUAGCAAUACGCUGGACAUUGAGCUUCCUACAACUGAGGUCUCUACCAGCGUGAAUCAUGGGACACUGUGGAGAUCAGGCACGCAGCGCAUCUCGUGUGACAUGUCAGCCCCUCUGAAAUGGAACAGCCUCCGCAACUGGCGAUUUGACAUUGAAGGUGACGAGCUUGAGCUGUUCAUUCUCAGAGACCACAUAUUCUUGCUGAUUGAUCUCAUUGAUGACUGGGGGAGUGGGCCACCGCAGGAUUAUCUCCUCUUUGUGCCUUUCAAGUACCUGUUGAACCUCCGAUUCCGCGACUUGAAGCUUUAUCUGAACGUCAACGAUGUCAAUAUUGUCAACAAUCCAACCGAAUUCGAGGACAACACGUACCUGGUUCUUUCCAGCCCGAUGCUCAAAGCGGAGACUUGUAUAUCCCUGGAUACAUAUCGCCCAAGCAAGAAUGCGGUGCCGUUCAACGUUCAAGCCGACCUGCUGAACCUGGCUCUGCACCUUCCAACGUGGAACACUCAGGCUACAUUCCUAACGUCGAAGGAUAUCGGGCAAUUGGAAAAUCUUGCUCUUGACGGCAAAUACCACUACAAUUCGACAACGGCACCAGGCAAUACUGACACAUUAGUCCUCAACGUCACAGGACAGUCGCCUUUUUUCACUCUUUACGGCUUCCUUAUACGGUAUUUCCUGCAGCUCAAGGACAAUUAUUUCGGCGACCAUAUUCACUUUAAGACUCUGGAUGAGUACCAGGAAAUGUUGCGCCUGAAGGAGAGCAAUUCGGAGGCUGAGGCUGCGACACGACCUCCCAGCAAAAAAUCCAACGACUUGGACGUUAUGCUCAGCAUCAGAGCAGACGACCCAAAAGUUCUGCUGCCUGCCAAUCUCUAUUCAGCGAAGCGGCAUGUCACUAUCGAAUCAGCCGGCUUAGCUGCUGAUCUUCGCUUCACCAAUUAUUACAUGGACCUGGAUUUUGAUCUGAACCCUCUCAGUCUGUCCUUGGGCAAUGAUGACGACGGCAUGAUUAGUCCAUUGAGUGCCACGUCAAGCACUCAGAUGUACAUUGAUGGACUCGGAGUGUACGGCCAUCGUCUGUUUGGGCUGCCGCCUACCGAACCCACCUAUUUGUGCAACUGGGACUUUGGGGGCAAAGCCUUCGGCUUUUCGCUUGACGACGACGAGAAUGCACUCAUCCCAUAUUCUUCCGUGGUCAUGUACGAUGUUACAUUCCUCCGGGUCUACGUCGAGUCGAUCCAGUUAUGGUUGCAUGUCGAAGAAGCCGCAUUUCUCUUCUCCACCGGGAAGAUCAACGUAGAGUUCAACGACUGGGCCAGGACCCAUUACUCAAAGCGAGCCAACAUUGGUAUUCCAGAUUUGCAGAUAGCAUGUGUCGACUCCGAGUCCGCAGCGAGACACAAAUCGAGACUGCAUGGCAAAGUGGAAACCGAAGCCCUUCUCAAGACGAGCAUCCAAUUUGCGCUAAUCGGCAGGAAGCCGGAUUUUACUGAAGCGAGAAAGAUGCAGCAAGAACUCGUGCGUCGAGAAGAUCAACGUACUCAUCGCACCGAGUUCCUUCUGCUUCCCGAAAUGCUCGAUCCACUUGCACCCGAUGCCGUCGAUGAGCUUGCCCAAAGUGUCCCUAUGGUGCCUCAACCCAUCAGCCUUGGGCACGAUCAAGACGAUGCUGAGAAGAGAACUAUUUCGACGCUGGGAUCGUCACACCGGUCUGAGCCUUUGCGAAGCAAAAGCUCCUUCUUGUCACUCGGGGCUGAAAGCACGAGCAGUGUGCGCCGGCCUGCCUCCAUCAAAUCUUCACGAAUGGCACAAGCCCGGGAUGGACGCCCUAUCCUGCCCCAUAGAGAGUACUCGGCUUCUACAGGACGCCACUCCGCGUUUUACAGUGCACCUACUGACCACAACGAUAGAAGAGAGUUAUUGCACAAUACUGUUACUUUCUCCAGCCAAUUCUUUGCCCCUUAUUUCCCGCUUGAGAAUAUACGCCCCGAGACAAAAGAAGCAACCUUGCGAAGCAUAGAAGCGGAAGGCGACGCAGCCCCAGAAACCUCGCAAUUUGGACUCGACGAUGUAUCCCCCGACAUUUUCAGUGAAGGCUCGGCGUACACCAGUUUUCUCGUUGAGUUGCCUUCUGGCGUGACUGCAUUUCUAAACGCGACUUCUCUGCAGCACAUUGCCUCACUAUUGAACGCAUUACAACCUACAGAUCCUCAGGACAUCCUAGACGAUUUGCAAAUUGGGGCGAUGUCAAAAAUUUUUGGUUCCGAAAAACAGAGAAAAAUGAAAGCGGACAUUGAUGAGUUUGUUAUUCGAAUACCGCAUGCUAAUUUGCGUUUUCUGAACUGUUCCGAGCUCGACUCACCAGAACCUCAACAUGCAGAGCAGGACCAGUACGAUAUAGCUAUCACCAAUUUGGCUCUGGCUGCUCGAUCAGAGAAACGUACGCCACAAGCAGGUGAAGUUUCUGGCAAAACACGAGCGUCAUUCCAUUUCAGGAUGGAUUCGGCUGAAAUAACAGCAGCCGAGCGCUUCGCAGACAUGGACCACACUCAUGCAGCCGUCAAAGCCAACGUGGAACAAGUAAUGCUAUCUAUGGGCUCUCGAGAUGUUACAUACAUCGACGGCGACAUCCGUACUGUGCGAUCAACAUUGUCUUCAAGCAAGAUUGAGUACCUUGCUGCACUGAUACACAGGACGAAUGUUCUCGCCUCUGACAUGGGCGAACUAUUCUCCGCCACUUUAUCUAGAGGAGACCGACGCCUAAAGCAUUUCACUUACAGCUUGAUGGCCGACAGUCACUUGACGAAGGAUCCAUCUUUCAUAGUAAGGCCAUCCGCCAUUCUGAGGGCGGCCACGGAGCAUCUCAGGACACAAGACUCGUGGAAGCUGGUUUCCAGAAUGCGGCAAGUCUGGAAUACUCGAUCUCAUGAAGACAAGGAGCAACUCAGUCUAAGUUGCGUGAGCACAGAUCUGGCGUAUCCUGAGGAUGUGAAACAGAAAGUAACCCAAGCGUUUUCAAAAUGGCGUAGUUGGGAUCUGGAAGACACCGAUAAAUCUGCGUUGAUCAGCAACAUAUUCGGGAAACCCAUUGAGCUGGAUAACGCAACGUCGGACCACACCCCCGUCAUGGCCGUUCUUCGCUUACAGGAGGCUGCCUUCGUACUCGACCCCGGCCCCAAGCAGAAUCAGCUGUACGCCAUGGAUAUCACCAUCAGACUGCAGUCUCAGGAAACCCAGCUGGUGGAAACGCAAAACGCAACUGGCAAGGUCGAGGGUCCUCUAAUGAUAGUGAACAUGUAUUGCGCCCAGGCUGGCAUCAACCUCAAUUGGGAACUGCUGGAGCUCACGGAAGAUAUUCUGCGGUUCUAUCAUCAAGCACGCCCCCAAACAACAGACCUCAAAACGAAGAAUGUUCGGGAGGAUCGAGCAGAACCCAUAGUACCUGAGCGACCCAUGUCAUUUCAUUUUGUGCUCGCUCUUGACCAAGGGUCUGUGGUACUUGAGACUGUCAACCUGAAGUCAGACACUCAAAGUGAGGAUUUGACGAUCUCCGUGCUGAUGGCAAGGAGACCUGGCCUUACAGAUACAAAUGCGGUUCUUGCAUGUGAUACUGUUACCACCAAGCUUCGAAGUCACCAACAACCUCUAUCCACCCUGCGGCUGCGAGGACCUAGUGUCUUCAUCUCUCACGAAUUACAGCUCGUCAAUCAAACCUCAGUCCAUACUAUUAAAGCCACAGCAAGCAGUCAGGACCUGAAGCUAGCUGUAAAACAAGAUCCAAUCGUCCUAACGGAAGUCUUGGAUACGAUUGUUCGUGAUGAGGUUGCACAGCUUUACCAACUGAAGAAGCAUUUCCCUGCAGCUCCAAAACCUCAAUCCCCGAAGCCGAAGAUAACGGAACGACUAUCCUCGUUUCGGGUCAAUCUCGCCAUGUUCCUGAACACUUACACUAUAAGCCUGCCGCUCCUCCGAUCCCUCACAUACACGGUCAAAGGCGUUGUAGCAAGAGCAGCCAUGGCGGCCAACUUUGGCAAGGAGGUCAUAUUUGACUUCGACAUCAAGGAAAACUCCCAUGACAUUCAGAUAAAAGUCAACAACGCGCCUCGGAGUAUUUCUCUACUCCAGAUUCCACCCACAAAUGGCCGGAUCACUAGCCAGAUGGGGCAGGGAGAGCAUGCUGUCUCAGUCUUUGCGUCUGUUGAACUGGUGCAGUUAGAUGCCUCGGCGGUCUAUAGCCUUCUCACAGCACUCAAUCGGCCCGAAAUGUCAAAUGCAAUCAAUGAUCUGCAGCAACAAGGCAAAGUCAUCCAGGAGCAUGUCGAGGAGAUAUUCGGUCCACCAGAUCAGGCCCGGGAGAAGAAUGCCGCUGCAAGUGGAGAGAAGUUGGUGUAUACCGUACACACCACAUUGGCAGGCAUUGAGAUCUUUGGGCAGGCUCCUAUCAAAUCCGACAUUGAACCCAGGGCGCACUUGUCGUUCUGUCUGGCAAGUGUACAUUUCGAGCUUGCUAAUCGAUUGGAGCCUCACGGACCAGUUCUCGAGAACCCCGAAGUUCACGUCAAUCUUCGCCAGAUCACAUUUGAUAUUCAGAAAGGUGCCGAUGAGAAGUCUAUGCGGACGUGUGGCAACUUGGCUUUCAGCGCUCUGGUUACCGCCACUACUAAACAAAUGGACGACGGGUCUGACCGAAGGUCGUUUGAUUUCAAAAGCAAUGGUUUCGAAGUAAAUCUAUCAUCCGAUACUGUCUCCACGUUUGUGGAUGUGGUGGGUUACAUGGGGGACAAGAUAAAAGACCUCGACACUACGAGAGAGAUUGAGUACUUGCAGAAACGGCUGCGGCAAUCCCGACCUCGCAUCGCGAUUAACGACCAAGAGGAAGAGGAAGAAGAUGACGCCAACAGCGAUAUAUUUGAUUCGUUCUUCGCGUCAAUCACGUACUCUUUCGAGAUCAGCGACAUUCAACUAUGCUGGCUCGUCGCCCCCGACUCUGAAUAUGUUGCGGCCGGGCAAGAAGACCUCGUUCUGUCCUUUCAGAGAAUCGAGUUCGCCAGUCGAAAGCAAAAUGCCGCGAAGCUUACUAUCGAGAACUUCCAGCUGCAAAUGGUCCCCCCAGGACAAGAGAGGAUUCUUCGGUCUCACAACUCGGCACUUCUUCCCGAGAUCAUAUUCAAUGUUGCCUUCGUCUCUACCUUGGAUACCCGCCGUCUUGCCUUCCAAGCCGUUGGGAAGUCGCUAGAUCUACGCCUCACAUCUGGCUUUAUCAUCCCUGCGUCCAACCUCUCUGAUUCGAUCGGACUUUCCAUCAAAAAUGUACAGCAAGCGUCGUCAAACUGGACACCUCUUGUCGCCACUGAUAAGCCGGCUGACACGCCCAUCAAAACUCGCCAGCGUUCAUUCUUCGGAAGCAAAAGGCUGGAGUCUUGCUUGGUUGAUGCCGAUUUCGCUGGAGCUGUGGUCUACCUAUCCGGCAGGAGACAAGUGGAAGGGCCAGAGAGUCUGAUAGCAACGCGGACAACGCGACCUACCUUGGCUGGUAAAUAUGGGCAAUUCAGCGCCGACGAAUCUAGUAGCAGCACCGUUCUCAAGUCGCCUGGCCUUGCCUGGAAGACAGAGUAUCGGGAUGAUGGCAAGGAGGAUCCCGCCUUUUAUGGAGAGAUCAAGAUUGACGCGUCACGCAACAUUCUAUAUCCGACUGUCGUGCCAUUAAUCAUGGAUAUCACAUCUAGCAUCAAAGAAGUAGUCAGUGAUCAUGACAAGCAACCACCCACGCCAAGUACACCAGCGAGCAAAAGCAGUCACGCUUCCAACAGCAAGCCUGCUGAGGAAGAGAAUCUCCUCACUGCUGAUCCAAGCGCAGUUUUGGGGCGAACGAAGUUGAACCUUGGAUUGCGCAUUUGCAAACAGGAGUUCACACUUAGCUGUCAACCAAUCGCCAGAGUUGCUGCGACUGCUUGUUUCGAGGACAUAUACAUUACUGUCAACACAGUGCAUUCAGUUGACCACGGAAACUUCUUUGCCAUCUCCGGUGCUUUCACCAACCUGCAGACUUCUGUACAACACGUGUACUCGAGGGAGCAUACCGGACGCUUUGAGGUCGACUCUAUUGUUCUGUCGCUGAUGAACAGUAAGCAUGUCAGUGGCACAAGUGGUCUAUCUGCCAUCCUCAAAGUUAGUCCUGUAAAGGUUGACAUCAACGCCAAGCAGCUACAGGACUUUUUGCUUUUCCGUGAAAUCUGGAUACCACGAGAAGUACGUCAAGCCUCUGCAGCACCAGUCUCCACCCCCUCGGCAGAGUCUACGCAGGGACAUCUCGUCCAGCGAUAUCAACAAGUUGCCGCUACCGCCGCGUUCCCAUGGACUGCUACGAUCUCCUUCGCUGCCCUGGAUGUUAAUGUCGACCUGGGACAGUCACUUGGCAAAUCUGUUUUUGCCAUUUCAGACUUCUGGAUCUCGUCCAAGAAAACAUCAGACUGGGAACAGAACCUUUGUCUCGGGUUCCAGAAAAUCAGCGUUGACUGCAUUGGCCGCCUGAGCGGUUUCGUGGCGCUACAGAAUUUCAAACUCCGCACAUCCAUAGAGUGGCCAGAGCGAGAAGCUGCUCUAAACGAGACGCCACGGAUCCAGGCUUCUAUCGGGUUUAGUCAAUUUAGACUGAAGGCUGCGUUUGACUACCAGGCAUUCUUGGUCGCCGACAUCACGUCAAUGGAGUUUCUCAUGUACAAUGUACGUCGGCGCAGAGAGGGCAGCGGUGAUAGGCUCGUGGCAAGCUUUGACGGCGAAGCUGUACAGGUCUUUGGUAUAACCACCUCGGCAGCUUCAGCUGUUGCACUUUGGCAAGCUGUGCAAAGGCUCAUCCAAGAACGAAAGGCCAACUACGAGUCUUCACUGCGGGACAUAGAAAAAUUCAUGAAGCGCAGGUCUCUCACGGCCCCGGGAACUUUGGCGCAUCCCAGCCCUAGUAAGCCAGACCACGGCGUGCCGGUAGCAAGGUCGCCGAUCUCCCUUGACACGGAUGUCGUUGUCACUCUUAAGGCCCUCAACCUAGGUGUCUUCCCUAGUACGUUCUCAGAUAAUCAGGUCUUCAAGCUCGAGGCCCUCAACGCGCAAGCCCGGUUUGCUGCGUCUAUGGAACAGCGCCGCAUCCACAGUAUCUUAGGCUUGACACUCGGACAAUUGCGAAUCGGCCUCGCUGGUGUCAGGCGCGUCUCAGCGCCUAAGGCUGUCUCUGAGAUAUCAGUUGAGGACGUGGCGGCGUCUGCUACCGGUUCUCGUGGUGGCACAAUCCUCAAAGUCCCCAAAGUAGAGGCCAUCAUGCAGACAUGGCAGAUGCCCGAGGCCCGUAGCAUCGACUACAUAUUCAAGUCGGCUUUCGAAGGCAAAGUCGAGGUUGGCUGGAACUACUCCCGUAUCAGCUACAUCCGCGGGAUGGUGGCCAACCACUCCAAAUCACUCGCGGCGGUGUGGGGCCGCGAGCUGCCAGAGAUGUCUGCCAUCAAAGUCACUGGUGUUCCAGACGCGCCUGCUGACGACAGCAAAGAAGGCGGCGCCGGCGGUGAUGAGCACAAAAAGAAGGAGCAGCAGAAGAUUACAGCCGAAGUCAACGUUCCGCAGUCCAAGUACGAGUACGUCGCACUCGAGCCGCCCAUCAUCGAGACCCCCCAACUCAGGGACAUGGGCGAGGCCACGCCGCCCCUGGAGUGGAUCGGACUGCAUCGCGACAGACUGCCGAACCUGACGCACCAGAUCGUCAUCGUGAGUCUUCUGGAGCUGGCGGGCGAGGUCGAGGAUGCCUACGAGCGGAUUUUAGGAUCUUCCUAA